AUGAGUCCGUCAGAUGAUCGGUGCUCGCCCAUGCCUUUACUGAAAACAUGCCAGACAUGUUUCCAUCUAAAGAUUCGUUGUGAAAAGACGCAGGAUUCUAAUCUAUGCGACCGAUGCCUACGACUUGGCAAGACGUGUAUUUUCAACCAGGCUCGACGACGCCAAAAUGUGAACCGUCAACGACAAUAUAGGGAGAGAUUAGGUGUGAAGUCUGCCUUGGACAAGUCAUCUAAAUCACCAGGAAACCGACAACAGCAAGCACGGGGCAAUGAAGGGGAUCAAGAUAUCCUCAACAGAGAUGAAUCACUGGACCCAUUCGAACAGGGUAUCUUGACCUUUGAUCAGGGGCAACAACUCUUGGAAAUUUUCAGAUGUCGAUUUAUUCCAUACUUUCCAUUCGUCCUCUUCCCUAGCUAUAGUUCCGUUGAAGAGCUAAACUCUCAACAUCCCUAUGCGUGCCUGGCUAUGCUAGCUGCUGCGUCAUACAACGACGUAGCCACACAAGUUGCACUUGGCAACCUAUUCAAGCAGAUAGUUGCAGUCAGGAUGGUCGAAGGUGACUUUAACCAACUGGAUCUGCUGCAAGGACUGCUUAUUCAUGUUGCAUGGGCGCAUUAUCAACCCAAACCAAAACGAUACAUUCAACAUCUCCACCUUAUAACGAGUAUAAUCAGCGAUCUACGGCUUGACCGACCCCGAAAGCCUAAGCUAUGGAGUGCCGAAGGCGGCAGGUAUCAGAACAAGCCUGAUUGGCAGCCAGACGAGAUGCGAGCUCUUGCAGGGGCAUAUUACUUGUCCUCCAGCUCUUCUAUCAUUCUUCAGAAAUCACGCCAAGUCUUCAACACUACGUACCUUCUGGCAUGUUGUGAACAUCUCGCCUCACUCAACCAGUAUCCCACUGACAAAUUCUUGCCUUAUGUGAUACAAGUACAGGCUCUAAUUGAGAAUAUUGAAGACCUUGUCUGCAAAACUGCGCCGACUGACAAUGGUUUACAAUUCUUCACUGAAAGUCAAGAGAUUACACAGCAGUGUUCGAAUAUCAAAUCGACAUUACCUUUCCCGCUGAGUGAAAGCCCACCUUUGCUUCUUCAGAUACAUAUCCUUGAACUCAUGCUCAGCCAAUCCUCACCACGAGGAACAGCCUUUGGCCUCGAUAAGUUUCAGAACCCAUUCCAAGACGAGACGACUCUGAAUGAAUGGCUGUCUACAAGCAUGUCGGCUACGAGAUCACUCAUCGGUGUGAUUCUGGUGAUGCCGCAGGGCGAAGAAGUAGCAAUGUCCAACAUGGGCUGGAUCAUGAUGAACUGUGCCCUAAACUUAGCCGUCCGUCUGGAUCUCAUAGCUGCCCGAGGUAGCGUUUCAGGCUUCACCCAAUAUCUUCGACGCUUCCUGGAUAUGAAGCAUACCCUUCGUCAACUCGUCCUCCGAUUUGAAGCUGUGCCCGGAACAGACGCACCACCAGACCAUCCCUUUCACAGCAUAGUGAAGCGCAUACGACGGUUGGAAAAUUGGUACCUAUCUCAAGUUGCACAACAGAAAGCAGAGUCUACCUCAUCUAUAAGCCCUUCUUCUGGCUCACAGCCUUCAAUAUCACUCAGCGACCAUACCAGCGGGAUGCCCGCCAGUCUACCACUGUCGUACCAGAACUGGAACAUGAGCGGUGGGUCUGAAUGGUAUCAGAAUCCAGACUUGGACAUUAGCACUUUUCUUUUCGCGGAUCCAAUUGACUUUCCCAUAAACUUCGCAUGGACAAGCUAG